UUGCUUUUAUCUCAGGUCUCUCCAAUAUAUUUUCCCCCUUUUCUGUGUUUAUGACCGUGUGUAUGGAAAUCGGAGAAGAGGAGAUUAGGAGAAGUCCUUAAAACCUGCCAUCGGAAAGCAAGCAGCAGGGGAAGCUAAACGCAAAGAAAGGAACCAACCACCUCACGUACUCCACGACGACACCACCACUAACUCGCCUCCGUCCUCGCUCUCGCUCGCGCGCCACCUCCAAUUCACUGCCACUCACCAUCCACCGGCCACCACCACCACCAUUUGCGUAGGCCGCUGCCGCAUUGAUUCCCUUCCAUCGAUCCCCAUGGCCUCCUAAAACGAGCUAGCACCGGGCCCAAAAAUAGCCCGGCACAACACGCACCGCCCACCGGCCCUGACCCCUAGCUCCCUCCUUGUUGGCUUCUUCUUUCCCGAUUUCCUUCCUUUCUUCCCCGUAAGCUUAAGCUAGCUCCUUUCUUCUUCUUCUUCUUCACGACUUCACCCGUGAGUGAGAGACGAGAUGAUGAAGCUGCGGUGGUGGCGGGUGGACGCCUCGGAGGUGGCCGCCGUGACGGCAAUGGGCGUCUGGGAGGCCGUCCUCGCCGGCGGCGGCCGGCGCUUCAUCAAGCGCAAGGACAGCGACGCCGGCGAGACCGGUCGGGCGCUGGAGGAGCUGCGAAGCUCCCUGUACAACGAGAUGCAUAGCUCCGAAGGGGCCAAGCGCCAGCAGCAGCGGUUCUGCGGCCCACCCGUCGCGCUCACAUUCAACUUCGCCGUCGCUGUUGGGAUCAUCGUGGCCAAUAAAAUGGUGAUGGGGAGUGUUGGAUUCAAGUUCCCGAUCGCGCUAUCGUUGAUCCACUACGCCGUUGCGCUGGUCCUGAUGGCGAUCCUCAAGGCGCUGUCCUUGUUGCCGGUUGCGCCUCCUUCGAAAUCCACGCCUUUCUCAUCCCUGUUUGCUUUGGGCGCCGUCAUGUCUCUCUCCACUGGGCUUGCUAAUGUGAGCUUGAAACAUAAUAGUGUAGGUUUCUACCAAAUGGCUAAGAUUGCCGUGACUCCAACAAUUGUCGCCGCGGAGUUUAUGCUUUUCCAGAAGAAGGUUUCAUUUCAGAAGGUUAUCACUCUGGCAACUGUGUCAUUUGGAGUGGCUGUGGCCACUGUUACAGAUCUAGAGUUCAACUUCUUCGGUGCUUGUGUAGCAUUGGCCUGGAUUGUCCCUAGUGCAGUAAACAAAAUCCUGUGGUCAAAUCUUCAACAGAGCGGACAUUGGACCGCCCUUGCGCUAAUGUGGAAGACAACCCCCGUUACCAUAUUUUUCUUACUGGCAUUGAUGCCUUUGCUGGAUCCACCGGGCUUGCUGUUGUUCAACUGGAAUUUCAGAAACAGCUGUGCUAUUAUCAUCUCUGCUUUAUUUGGCUUCCUUCUCCAGUGGUCUGGCGCUUUGGCACUUGGCGCGACGUCCGCCCUGUCGCACGUGGUGCUGGGCCAGUUCAAGACCAUCGUGAUAAUGCUCUCCGGCUACCUCAUCUUCAGCUCGGACCCCGGGAUCACCAGCAUCUGCGGCGCCGUCGUCGCGCUCGGCGGCAUGUCCUUCUACACCUACCUGGGCCUCAAGGAGUCCGCGGCCGCCGGCAAGAAGCCGCCCUCGAGAACCAACUCGUUCCUGGCCGGCAAGCCCGGCAGCGGCGUCGCCGGGGAGGGGGGCAACUCGGACUACGAGGACUCCGUGUGAGUAACGUACGAGCCCGCCGCGUCCCGGCCGAUGAUUUGCUUCCGCGACGGAUGGACGGAGAUCGACCGAAGGCGGUGGAUUGUAGUUUGUGUACUGUGGAUCGAUCGGAUAGUUUUUGUGUUUGGGGUAAUUUUGGUCGGUUUUGUAAUGUAAACUCGUGGUCCAUCGACUGGACUGAAUCCAUUUUGUACAUAGAGAAAUUAAAACUUGCGGUUUUAGAAGGAAA